AUGGAUAGCUUAUCAAGUUAUACUGAUAGUAAUCCAUCUUCACCUUCUCAACCCAUCAGAAAUCAACCUCAAUCUAAUAUACCUCAAAAGUUAAGACCAGGAAUCUAUAAUUCAUCUCAAGUUAAUCCAAACUCUUCAUCCACCAAUUUAUUCAAAUUAACUCCCUUAUUAAAUCAUAAUGAUUCUUCAUCAUCUUUACCCAUGUAUAAUCCUCAUCCCAAAAAUAGAAUCAAUUUAAAUAAUUAUCAUAUAAGUUCAAAUACUUCUUUAACUCAUUUACCUUUAACUCCUCCAUUAUCAAAACCUUCAUCUCCUAUAAGACUCCAAUCAUCAUCAACCACAAACACUUCUGCAUCUUCAACAGCAUCGGUAAUUUAUCAUAAAUUAAUUAAUAAUUUACCUCCUAUUGAUAUUAAAAUCACCAUCUUAAGUUCAUUAUGGUAUUUAACUUCAAUCAUAUCUUCAAAUUCAACAAAAUCAAUCUUAACUCAAUUCCAAUAUCCUAUAACUUUAACCGAAUUUCAAUUUUCUUUAAAUGCAUUAUUUUGUAUUAUCUUAUUAGGAUUAUUAAAUUUAAAUCCAUCCUUAAUAAAAGUAUUCCCCAUUGGAACCAUCCCUACUAAUUUAUCCAUUCCUCAAUUUUUAACUCCAACCGCUAAAAUCAUUUCAACCACUUUACCAAUGGGGGGAUUCCAAUUCAUUGGUCAUUUAACCAGUCAUAAAGCUACUUCAUUAAUCCCCGUUUCCUUAGUUCAUACUAUAAAAUCUUUAAGUCCUUUGGUUACCGUAUUCAUUUAUCGAUUUUUAUUUUCAGUCACAUAUAAAUCGGUAACUUAUAUCACUUUAAUUCCCUUAAUUAUUGGAAUUAUGUUAACUUGUUAUAAACCAGCAUCAUCAACAUCAACUCCAUUUUAUUUCACUGGUCUUUUAUUUGCAUUCAUUUCCAUGAUGAUUUUCGUAUCGCAAAAUAUAUUCGCAAAGAAUAGAUUAACUAUAAAGGAAACUUCUGCUUUACCUAAUUUUAAAGAUAAACAAUCUCAAGAUAUCCCUCAAUUUCCAACCUCAUCAUCAUCAUCAUCAUCAUCAUCGCAAAAGUCAAGUUUCUUAAAUAAUAUGUUUGUCGAUAAUUCCAAUGAUGAUAAGAAAUUAGAUAAAUUAACUAUUUUAUUCUAUUGUUCAUCAAUUGGAUUUUUAUUAACAUUACCAGUAUAUUUAAUCUCAGAAUUGAUUAAUAACGAUAAGAUUUCUUUAUUCAAUUUAUCAAAUUCGAUCUUUAUCCUCAUAAUAAUCAAUGGAUUUGCUCAUUUCUUACAAUCAUUAUUAGCAUUUCAAAUCUUGGGAAUGUUAAGUCCCGUGAAUUAUUCCAUUGCCAGUAUCUUAAAGAGAAUUGUUAUUAUUUUAAUCUCAUUCAUUUGGGAAAAUAAAAUUAAUGCAAAGAAAUUCUCAAGUUUACAACAAUUUGGAUUAUUAUUAACGUUAUUUGGAUUAUAUUGUUAUGAUCGUUGGGGAGUUUCAUCUCAUAAUACUCAUUAG